AUGUCACUCUCCACAGUAGCUUCCGGCGUCGGCGUUCUCGAGCUCCCUUGUUUCCGUCUGUCGCCAAUCUCGAAUACCCAAAUCCAGUUUCUCUCUGUCGAAGCCAGAAACCAACCUCGAACUAGAAGAAGACGCGACCUUUCCUUCAUCCCAUUUCCGAUACUUAUCCACUCGAAUCAUCGCCUUCGCCAUGGUUUCUCCGAUCCCAAUUCGAGUUUUGAUCGUGCCCACUGCGUUGGAGAACCAGGAAACUCUGAUACCUCAGAAAAAAGUUCCGUCGCUUCUGAUGGUAAAGAAGUGAAGGGUGAAAGCUCUUCGGGUGUUGGUGAUAGCUAUGUGGCCUUGUUUGUGCGAAUGCUCGGUUUAGACAACGACCCUCUUGACAGAGAACAGGCCGUAGAAGCGCUAUGGAAGUACUCUUUAGGUGGAAAGAAAUGCGUCGAUGCGAUUAUGCAGUUUCAUGGUUGUUUAAGUCUCAUUGUCAAUCUCCUCAAGUCAGAGUCCAGCUCCACAUGUGAAGCUGCCGCGGGGCUAAUACGGUCUAUAGCCUCCGUGAAUCUGUACAGAGAAUCGGUUGCUGAGAGUGGAGCUUUGGAAGAGAUAACCGCUUUAUUGAGCAGGCCUUCGUUAGCUACAGUGGUGAAAGAACAAAGCAUAUGUGCUCUGUGGAAUCUGACAGUGGAUGAAGAGAUUAGGGAAAAAGUUGCUGACUUUGAUAUCCUUAGGCUACUCAUUAGUUUCCUUGAAGAUGAUGAUGUCAAUGUAAAGGAAGCAGCUGGUGGCGUCUUGGCCAAUUUAGCACUUAGCCGCUCGAACCAUAAGAUUAUGGUGGAAGUAGGAGUCAUACCCAAACUGGCAAAGCUGUUGAAAGGCGAUAACACAGAUAACAAAGGGUCUAAAAUCAUCAGAAAGGAAGCAAGACACGUGCUUUUGGAGCUCGCCAAAGACGAAUACUACAGAAUCCUCGUCAUUGAGGAAGGUGUUGUACCCAUUCCCAUAAUUGGUGCAGACGCUUACAAGUCAUUCAGACCGGAUCUGUAUUCUUGGCCUAGUUUACCAGACGGUAUAAAGAUCGAGCAGACAGCAAAAGCUCCUUCCAGGUUUGGUGCCUCUGAGCUGCUCCUCGGUUUGAACGUUGACAAGAACGUUGUUGACGACGUAGACGAAGCCAAAAUGAAAGCGAUAGUCGGGAGGACGAACCAGCAGUUCCUUGCCCGUAUUGGAGCGAUUGAGUUCGAGAAGGAAAUCAAAUCCGAAGGUCCCGCGAAGUCGCAGCAGCAGCAGCUUACUCUUCUUCCCUGUGUAGAUGGUGUGGCUCGUUUGGUCUUGAUUCUUGGGUUGGCAGACGAAUCAGCAGUGUCGAGAGCUGCAGAGUCAAUCGCUGAUGCAUGUAUCAAUGAGGAUAUGCGGGUUUCGUUCAUGGAAGCUGGAGCUGUAAAGCCUUUGGUUCAGCUUUUAGCCAACAACAACAAAGAGGCUGUUAAGUUACCCGUAAUACGUGCCUUGAAAAGUCUAUCUCUUAGCCGCGUCGUGUGUCAGAGGAUUGAAGCUGAAGAUGCAGUACCGUUUUUUAUUAAUCUUCUAAAGCAGCCAGAGAUCUCACUAAGCAUCACGGAAGAGAUUCUGGAUGUACUUGCUCAUAUCUUAGAUCCUAGCAAGGAAAUGGAGUCCAAGUUUUAUGAAGGACCAGUGAACGGAUCAAAAGCAGUCUCCAGGAAGGAAGUUUUGGACGCUACUGUUAUAUCUCGGCUCGUCCAGAUUGCGAAAACAGCCUCUCAUAACCUGCUAAGAAAGACAAUCUCCGUCAUCGAGUUUGCUACGGUCAUUAAUCCAAACAUGGACACCAUCAUCUCCGAGGAUAUCACAACUGUUCUGGAGGUUGCUCUCCGUCAGAAAGUCCUGGAAGAACCAGAGAACGAAGCUGAGUUAGAGAAACAUCUGCUUCAGCUAGAAGAAGCUGGUUUGACAAUUUCAGCUGGUUCAAGGCUACUGACAAAACUUCUCGACUCUGAGUCUUUCCGCAAAACUAUGGAUACGACGCUCUUCACAGAGAUACUCAGGAAGAUCCUAAAAUCAUCAAGCCUCCCUCUACAUUACAAAGACUGGGUCGCCUCUUGUCUAGUCAAACUCACGUCUCUCUCUUCUCCUUCCCAAUCCCUCAACAACAAUCCAAUCAACGUAGAGGUAACUCUCUACAAGACAAUCCCAAGACUUGUGGAACAGUUGAGCUUUUCCUCGACUCCGGAAACGAAAGAAGCAGCGGUUUUGGAACUGAACAAGAUAGUCUCAGAGGGAGUGCCAGAGUCAACGCAAGCUCUUGCUUCAAAUGGAGGGAUCGAGCCGCUGGUGAAGCUUCUAGAAGAAAGGAACGAGAGAUGUGUUGAGGCGAGUUUGUCAGUAUUGUAUAACCUGAGCAUGGACAGUGAGAACCACACUGCCAUUAUAAGAGCAGGAGCUGUGCCUGUGUUGAGACGGAUCGUUAUGUCUCAGAGACCACAGUGGAAGAAAGCUCUUCGGCUACUCAGAGACUUACCCGUUUGA